AUGGUCUCGACUUACAUGACAUACACCGCUGUUCUCGAAACUGUGAUCCGUGUAAGUCAACCAAUAUUGUUGGGAUAUGUAAUCGACUAUUUUAGUAAUAAUAAUACCAUUGAUUAUAAAAAUGCCUGUUUGGCAGCACUGGGUGUAUGUCUGUGUUCCUUAUUAUUUAUAUCCCUUCAUCACCCGACACUUGUGUUGACUCAUAAGAUAGGUAUGAAGAUGAGGAUUGCCAGUUGUGCUCUUAUGUAUAAAAAGUCAUUAAGAUUAAGUCAGGCAUCACUGGGAAAGACAACUAUCGGCCAAAUUGUGAAUAUGAUGUCAAAUGAUGUCAAUAGAUUUGAUGAGUUUUCCACAUUUAUAUGUUAUAUAAUUUUAGCACCCAUUCAAACAAUUAUAAUAGUGUACAUAGCUUGGACCCAUUUGGGCUGGUCAACACUGGUGGGGGUAGCUAUAUUAAUAUUAUUCAUACCGUUUCAAGGUAUUAUGGGUAAAUUGUUUUCUAGAGUUAGACAAAAAACAGCAGAAAUGACUGACAACCGGUUGCGUCUAAUGAAUGAAAUAAUAGGUGGUAUGCGUGUCAUCAAAAUGUAUUCGUGGGAACAAUCGUUUACCGAUUUGGUAGCAAAUGCCAGAAAAUUGGAAGUGAACUUUAUUAAGAAAUCCUGUUUCUUAAAAGCAAUUAAUUUGUCGGUAUUUUUUGUGGCCUCACGUAUCAUAUUAUUUGCAUGUUUUAUAACAUAUGUAUUGACGGGUAAUAUCCUGACCGCCAAAGCCGUGUUCGUGACAAUGGCUCUCUUCAAUACAUUGCGAAUCACAUUAACGCUAUUGUUUCCCAACGCUGUCACACAAUUGGCUGAACUGUCGGUUUCGUGUCAAAGGAUUCAAACAUUUUUAGAAUUAGAAGAAUUAAACGUUAAAUCAAUUGAUAAUCAAAAUCAUUUGAAAAGUAAGGAAUUAAACAAUGAGUCAAUUAGUGUUUCAAUUGAUAAUAUAAUUGCAAACUGGAGUAAUGAAAAUCCAAAUCCAACUUUACAUAACAUAUCUGUAAAUUUGAAAUGCGGAGAUCUAUUGGCAGUCAUUGGACCGGUUGGGUCAGGAAAAAGUUCAUUUUUAAUGUCAAUAUUGGGCGAACUACCGGUUCAAUCGGGAACUAUACAAUGUGUUGGAUCCAUAAGCUAUGCAUCACAAGAGCCCUGGAAUUUCAAUAAUAGUGUCAGAAAUAACAUUCUGUUUGGCAAUGAAUACAAUGAAAGCCGAUAUAAACGAGUCGUUAAUGUCUGUGCUUUAGAUCGCGAUUUCACUAUAUUUCCGUUCGGAGACCGAACUCUUGUUGGAGAGAAAGGCGUCUCACUAUCGGGCGGUCAAAAGGCUAGGAUUACAUUAGCCAGAGCUCUCUACCGAAACUCAGAUAUCGUUUUAAUGGACGACCCGUUAAGUGCUGUCGACUCGUCAGUUGCCGAACACAUCUUCGAUAAAUGUAUUGUGGAUCACCUGUCGGACAAAAUACGAAUUCUGGUCACACAUCAGAUUCAGUUCAUAAGGAAAGCCACACAAAUACUUGUACUAAAUGAGGGAAAAUGUCUAGCUAUGGGAACAUUCGAUGAAUUACAGGCACAGGGAGUUGACUUUAUGACACUAUUGAAGGAACAGGAAAAAGAAAACGCUGAUAAAAAAGCUGAAAUCGAGAAACAGGAACGGGAACGGGAAUUAAUACAAUCGUUAACUCAAUCAGGUUUUGAUGAAAGGGUUAGAUCCCUUUCCAGAAGUGUUUCAAUUACUGGUGGUAGCAUUGAUUUGUCUAAUAUAUUGGUAAAAUUAGUUAAUAACAUUAAUGAUAACAAUAGAGAUGAUCCUAAAAUAAAAGAUGAGGAAAGACAAGUUGGAUCAAUUGAGGGAAGAGUAUACUGGGAGUACAUCAAAGCGGGCACCGGACCACUCUUUGCUAUUUUUACUAUACUUUCUACUUUGAUAUCUCAGACAAUAUUUCAUGGAUCAGAUAUAUGGUUAACUGAGUGGACAAAUAAAAAUCAAAUGUCAGGACAUAUUGUGAGCACAAGUGAACAAAACAUUGACGCCUAUAUCUAUUCGGGACUCAUUGGACUACUGUUUCUAACAGCCCUAAUGCGAGCCAUUUCAUGGUUUACCGUUUGUAUGCGGGCCUCAAUUAAUUUGCAUAAUACUAUAUUUUAUCGUUUACUUCGCGCACCAAUUUCUAUAUUUGACAACAAUCCAGUCGGCCGAAUAUUAAACCGGUUUACUAAAGAUUUGGGAGUAAUUGAUGAAAUGUUGCCCUCGACUUCAUUUGACUUGAAUGUGUGUUUAGCUCAAGGAGUAGGCAUUGCAAUAGUGGUCGGUAUAGUCAAUCCAUAUUUGAUAAUACCAGCAAUAGUUAUGUUUAUAUUAAUUGUUAUAAUGAGAGGUAUUUAUAUAAAAUCAGCAAGGGAUAUUAAACGAUUUGAAGGAGCAACCCGCAGCCCAGUGUUUACACAUGUGAGCACAACAUUGACAGGACUGGCCAGUGUUCGGGCCUACGGAGCACAGGAUGUUUUUGAAAAACAAUACUAUAUCUACCAGAAUGAUCACAGUGCUACCUGGUUCCUGUUUGUGGCCGCAUCCCGUGGACUCGGUUGGAUUAUGGACUGGUUUUGUGUCUUAUAUAUUAUCGCCAUUGCAGUUGUACUCAUGCUAUCUCCUAAUGGUAUUGCUGGAGGAACUGCUGGACUGGCAUUAUCUUCAGCAUUAAUGUUAACGGGAAUGACUGCUUGGGGGGUCAGACAGUCGGCAGAAAUGGAAAGUCAGAUGACAUCAGUUGAACGUAUCGUUGAGUAUAGUAGACUACCUCAAGAGGCACCUCUGGAGGCAAAUAAACAACACAAACCACGACCUGAAUGGCCUGAUUGUGGACGCAUUCAAUUCAAGAAUAUGUAUCUGUUUUAUGAGAGCUCUAACAAACCGGUUCUUAAGAACUUGUGUUGUUCUAUCAAAAGUGCUGAGAAAAUAGGUAUCGUUGGUCGUACCGGUGCCGGCAAGAGCUCAAUUAUAUCGGCAUUGUUUCGUAUGGUUGAACCAAAAGGACAAAUACUUAUUGAUGGUAUUGACACCAAAUCUAUUGGAUUACAUGAUUUGAGAAAAAAGAUAUCAAUCAUACCUCAAGACCCGGUAGUCUUCACGGGUACAGUUCGUCGUAAUCUCGAUCCGUUUGGCGAAUACAGUGACGAACAGAUAUGGAAAGCCUUGGAUGAGGUGCAACUCAAACAUGCCGUACAAGAGUUGAGAGGAGAGUUAGACGCAGAGUUGUCUGAAGGCGGAUCCAACUUCAGUGUAGGUCAGCGCCAAUUAGUAUGUCUGGCGCGGGCUAUCUUACGGUCCAAUCGUGUACUAGUCUUAGAUGAGGCCACAGCUAAUGUCGAUCACCAAACAGAUUCACUCAUCCAAACCACUAUCAGAAAUAAGUUCUCCGAUUGUACUGUACUUACAAUAGCCCACAGACUUAACACUAUCAUUGACUCUCAUAGAGUACUUGUGUUAGACGCGGGAGAGAUCAUUGAAUUUGACACUCCAUUAGCUUUAUUACAAAGAAAGGGAAAGUUUUAUGAUAUGUGUCGUAAAACAGGAAAAGAUAUGUUUAAUCAUUUGAUGAAAAUGGCUAAAGAAAUACAUUUUCAUAAAUUUGAUACAAAUGAAGAACAAGAAGAAGGACAAGUAGUUGAAUAUCAAUCCGACCAUCAGUUCACAUCUCACGGCAAUAAUAAUGAUCCACAAAAAUACGGAACUUUUCAAGAAAAAUUCUAA